AUUAGUAAAUUACCCAUGACAAAUAAUAGCCCAAUCGUCCAAAAUGGGCAAGUCACUUUCUUCCAAGCUCACUCCUCUCCUCCUGACACUGCUCCUCUCGACAAAUAGGCACACUCAUCCUUAACCGAUUGGUAAGUGGUGAACACGCGCAUCCAUGAGCACGUGAAGGCCAUCUAAUGCGUGCUCUAGUCUUUCGUUUUCUUUAAACAGUUUGGUGCCCAUCUUGGCUUCACUAUUCAUAAAAACCAUUAUUUGAUAGAAGAGGAAAUGCAGACAAAAUGAGCCCCAAAUUCACAUGAAAUGAAACUGAGCCUUUUCUCUUCUCCUUCAGUGAAGUGGCCAAUGCUAUAUAUACAUGUCUUCUCCUUCAAAGCCACCCUAUGUUAGAGCCAACCUAAUGGACUCAUAACUAUAUCUUCUUCUCAUUCAUUUUCUUUUUGCCAAAAAUUUCAAGUGGGUUUUGAGUUAUCAGAUCAAUUUGGCCGCUUUAUGGCCAAAGGAAGGAGGCUAACGACGAGUCGUAGUGAAAGGCUGUUGGGAAGCUUUGCUUACAGUAAUGGCCAAGAAACCAACGUCAACGACUUGUCGGAGCUAGGCGAGGAAGAUGUGUGGUCGAUGGUUGAUGAUGAGGCGCACCGGAAUGACCAGAUUAACAAUAAUUCUCAGGAAGACUGGAUUUCACGCGCCGAUGUUGAGAGUAAUGGGAAUAUGUCUAUAAGGAGCCGCCGCCGAAUCCCCCGAGACCGAGGUGACCACCACGUGGGAGGGUUAUCUUUGGCCUUCGAAGAUUCUUCGGGCAAGACGGCUUCGUCGAGAAUCGUGCACCAGUUCCGUGGACAUGACAGCGUGGCACCAGAAGCAUCAUCUCCUCGUCACAUGGCCACGUCAGCUCCUGUGAACGUGCCGGACUGGAGCCAGAUCCUCAGGGUCGACUCGGUUGAGUCAUUGCAUGACUCGGAUGAGGGCUACGAUGACCGUGAUUCGGAGAUGGUCCCCCCACACGAGUACCUGGCGCGUGAGUACGCUCACAGUAGGAAAAUGGGUGGCGCCUCUGUCUUCGAGGGAGUUGGAAGGACUCUGAAGGGCCGUGACAUGAGGCGCGUGCGCGAUGCAGUGUGGAGCCAAACAGGGUUUGAUGGUUAAAAACCAAAGACAAGGCCUAUCAGUGUUGUUCUCGAGAGAUUGCUUAUAAAUUUUUUCCUUGGGCAAUGAUUCGGCCGAUUUGACUCGGGUUAACUGAGUCAACUCUGUAACGAGUGAGCUCAAGCAUAACUCUGCUUGACGAGGAGCCUGCUCCAUCUUCUGUCGAGGAUUGGAAUUUGGAAUUCAUGCACUUGUUUGUUAGUACUAUUUUUCUGCUGAUUAAUUCAGUCCCCAUAUUCUUACCCAUA